AUGUCUGACACUGGUCGCCAAUCGUUCACCGACAAGGCUGGCGCUGCUUUGAAGCCCGAUAGCCAGAAGACCACGACCGAGCAGCUUGGCGAUACCGUCAAAGGCACGGCCGACUCGCUCGCCUCUACCUUGCAGCCGAACUCGGAGAAGAGCACUUCCCAGCAGGCCGGCGACGCGCUUUCGUCCAACCAGAACCACAACGACGAGAGCCUCCUCCAGAAGGCCAAGAACGCGGUCGGCAUGGGCGACAACACUCACUAG